AUGUUCGCUGUACACGAAAUGGCUGCUACGCCUCCUACUCUACAACAGUGACUCCACUUCGAAAGACACCCUGUUGGCUGUGAAGUGAUUUGGAAUGUUCCAAGUCUGUGAUAGGCACUAAACAAAUGAGUGAAGCGGCCAUGGAAACCGGGAGCAAUGUGCUGUAUGUGGACUUCCCUAACUUCGGCAACCGCCUCCUGGAGAGUCUCAACCAGCAGCGGGUGGAGGGCAAGUUCUGUGACAUCUCCAUCCAGGUGCAGGGCAAGGUGUUCAAGGCUCACCGUGCGGUGCUAGCCGCCUCCUCACCCUACUUCCAUGACCAGGUGUUGUUCCGCAACGCCAGCCGCAUCGUGCUGCCGGGUGUGAUGGACGCGCGGGCCUUCGAGGGCAUCCUGGCGUCGUGCUACGCUGGGCGCCUGGCCGUGCCCCCGGCUGACAUUGUCAGCUACCUGACGGUGGGCAGCUUCCUGCAGAUGUGGCACGUGGUGGACCGGUGCACCGAGCUGCUGAGAGAGUGCCAGCCCCCGGCACCGCCUGCCCCCGUGCCCGCCCCCAGCGGCCAGCGGCUCUGCCGCCUCACCGACAACCAGUCCCCGAGCAGCAGCAGCAACAACUACUGCAGGCCCGAGGGUGAGGAGGUGACCCCGGCCAAGGAGGAAGGCGAGGACGAGGAGGAAGAGGAGGAGGAGGAAGAGGACAUGGUGGAUGACGACAACGAUGAGGAGGAGGAGGAGGAGGUAGAGGAGGAGGAGGACGGUGACCAAGAGGCAGCCAAGGCCAAGGAGUUGGAGCAGAGGGUCACCAGUAACCAGGGCACUGGGGAGGUGGCAGCAGGGGGAGCGCCGGACAGCCCGUGGGCCCGGCCGGCCUACCUGCAGCCUAGCAUCGUGCCGCACAAGCGCUGGGUGCACGUCAAGAAGGAGAAGCCGGACGAGGGGGACCUGGUGCUGACCUGCGAGGAGGACGAGCAGCACUUUGUGAAGGUGCCAGGCCGCCGGCGCGGUGAACCGCCGCCACUGCAGCCGCAGCUCAGCAUCAGCGACGUGUGCACCCUGGCCGGGGCCUCGGCCGAGCUCCUGGCCGCCGAUGAGCCCGCCUUCGACGAGCAGAUCGACUACUGCGGCUCCUCCGAGGACUUUCCCUAUGAGCCGCUGGACGAGGGCGUGCCGCGGGCCUACCCGGGCCAGGUCCCCGGCGGGCAGCUCUCCUCCGCCUCUUCCUCCUCCUACCACCCCGGGGGGGGGGAGGCCCACCACGGCGCGGUGCAGGCCGCCGCCGGCAGCCCGGGCCCCGGAGCCAAGCUCUUCGCCUGCCACUGUGGCAAGAGCUUCACCCACAAGAGCCAGCGGGACCGGCACAUCAACAUGCACCUCAACCUGCGGCCCUUCGGCUGCACCAUCUGCAACAAGAAAUUCAAGAUGAAGCACCACCUGGUGGAGCACAUGAAGAUCCACACCGGCCUCAAGCCCUUCGAGUGCCACGUCUGCAGCAAGAAGUUCAUGUGGCGCGACAGCUUCCUGCGGCACAAGGCGGCCUGCGAGAAGCUGCAGCGGGCCACCACUGCCAACCCAGACAUCAACUGAGGGGGUGGGGGGGGUUGGGGAGUGCGGGGGAAGGGAGGCAGCGGGCAGCCCCCCCACCUACCUCCUUCCUCUUCCCCAGGCCACGUGUUGAGCUUUUGACCCUCAGCCCACUCCCCUUCCCAUGUGUUUUUUUUUGUUUAAAACCAUCAGGUGAGUGAGUCUCUCCAGGACAGCCGGCUGCAGCCCACCAUGCUUCUCGUGCAGCACUUUGCUGGCCAGUGUUCCCCCUCCUUAUGGCUUCUGUGGCUGCGGUGUUGAGAGUGUCCCUGGCUCUGAACCCCAGAAGGCCCCGUGGCUUCAGGCCUCACACCUGCUGUCGAGGUUGAUGAGAAAA